AUGAUGAGAGGACGAUUCCUCAACUUCUUUCUCAAUCCAACACCAAAAAAAUGGUCUCUUCUUUCUCUUACUCACCACAAAUCUCAAUCCAACCCAUUCACUUCUAUUCCAAAUUCUGUUGAAGCAAAUUCAAAGAAUCUUUCCCCUCAUGAUGAUGGAAAAAUCUUCACACCGAGUUUUGGGAUCAUCAAAACCUUACAUACUAGUUCAGUUGUUAAACAAUCUGAAAAAGAAGAGGUUGAAGAUUCCAUGUGGAUGAAGAUGAAAGAAGAAGCUAAAGCUGAUGUGUCUGUUGAACCUAUUUUGUCUGGUUUCUAUCAUAUUUCAGUUCUGUCUCAUAAAUCAUUGGAAAGUGCUUUGGCUAAUCACUUAGCUGUUAAAUUAAGCAGUGUAAGUCUUCCUAGUACAACUCUUUCGGAUCUUUUUCUUGGAGUUUUGGAAUCUGAUAAAGAUAUUAUGGAUGCUGUGAAGAAUGAUAUUAAAGCAGUUAAGGAAAGAGAUCCUGCUUGUAUAACUCAUGUUCAUUGUUUCUUGAAUUUCAAAGGCUUUUUAGCAUGUCAAGCUCAUAGGAUAGCUCAUAAUUUGUGGACAGAUGAUAGGAAGGUUUUGGCUGUUAUAAUUCAGAAUCGAGUUUGUGAAGUUUUCGGAGUUGAUAUUCAUCCGGGAGCGAAGUUUGGAAGUGGAAUUCUGUUCGAUCACGCGACGGGGAUCGUGGUAGGAGAAACUGCUGUGAUUGGGAAUGAUGUGUCGAUUCUGCAUAGUGUGACGUUAGGAGGGACUGGUAAGUCUCAUGGCGAUAGGCAUCCGAAGAUUGGCGACGGAGUGUUGAUUGGUGCGGGGACGUGUAUUUUGGGGAAUGUUAAGGUUGGUGAAGGUGCGAAAAUUGGCGCUGGUUCGGUUGUGAUUAAGGAAGUGCCUCCGAGGACUACUGUCGUUGGGAAUCCGGCGAAGUUGGUUGGAGGGAAGAACAAUCCUAUUAAGCUUGAUAAGAUUCCUAGCCAUACUAUGGAUCAUGUUUCGAAUAUUGCUGAGUUUUAUGAUUAUGUUAUUUAG